AUGGCGGCGGCGGCGGCGGCGGCACGGCUGGCCCGGCAGGAGCGCGAGGUGCGGGGCUUGGCGGCCGAGGUGGUGCGGCUGAAGGAGGCCUCGGCCUGGGCGUCCCCCGAGCGGCCGGGCCCGGAGCUGCGGGCGCUGCGGGAGGAGAACGAGAAGCUGCGCUACCGUCUCCACCACCUCCGCCGCAGCCUCGCCGCCGAGCAGGGCCGCCAGGAUCCGACCUUCAUCUGGAGCAGACUGGAGCUCUACGAAGAGCUGAAAAAAGAGAGCGAUGCGCUUCUGCAGUCCAGAGCAUCUGGCCAGACUCAGACAAUCCAAAUCACGCUUUCCGAUGGGAAGGUGAUGGGCGGACAGGCCUGGAAGACAACGCCACACCAGGUGGCUGUCGAUCUUAGCUGGGGAGUUGCUGACAGUGUCGUCAUUGCCAGAGUGAACGGGGAAUUGUGGGACCUUGACCGGCCGAUGGAAGGAGAUUCCACCUUGGAGCUGCUGACAUUUGAGAAUGAAGAUGCCCAGGCGGUUUAUUGGCAUUCCAGUGCCCACAUUCUGGGUGAAGCCAUGGAAAAUUAUUAUGGGGGAUGCUUAUGUUAUGGACCCCCUAUUGAGAAUGGCUUCUAUUAUGACAUGCACAUGGAAAACAGAGGGGUUUCCAGUACAGAGUUGCUCACUCUGGAGAACAUUUGCAAAAGCAUCAUCAAGGAGAAACAGCCCUUUGAAAGGCUCGAAGUCCGAAAAGAAGAUUUGCUGGAAAUGUUUAAAUAUAACAAGUUUAAAUGUCGGAUCCUAAAUGAGAAAAUCCACACACCGACCACAACUGUAUACAGGUGCGGUCCCUUGAUUGAUUUAUGCAAAGGUCCCCAUGUGAGACACACUGGAAAAAUAAAAGCCUUAAAGAUAAUUAAGAAUUCGUCGACCUAUUGGGAGGGGAAAUCCAACAUGGAAACCUUGCAACGGAUCUAUGGAAUCUCUUUCCCAGAGGCCAAAAUGAUGAAGGAGUGGGAAAAAUUCCAGGAAGAAGCCAGAAAACGGGAUCACAGGAAAAUCGGCAAGGAACAAGAACUCUUCUUUUUCCAUGAUCUGAGCCCUGAAAGUUGUUUCUUUCUUCCCCGAGGAGCUUUUAUUUACAACACCCUCUUGGAAUUCAUCAAAGAAGAGUAUCAGCGGCGGAACUUCAUGGAAGUCGUUUCGCCCAAUAUCUACAACAGUAAACUUUGGGAAACUUCUGGCCACUGGCAGCAUUACAGCGAAAACAUGUUCUCAUUUGAGGCGGAAAAAGAAGUCUUUGCGCUGAAGCCCAUGAACUGUCCUGGACAUUGCCUGAUGUUUGCUCAUCGUCCUCGGUCUUGGAGGGAGAUGCCUCUGAGACUGGCUGAUUUUGGGGUGCUUCACCGUAACGAACUUUUGGGGACCCUCGGUGGUCUGACGCGGGUCCGACGCUUCCAACAAGACGAUGCCCACCUCUUCUGCACAAUGGAGCAGAUCGAGGAGGAGAUGAAAGGAUGCCUCCAUUUCCUGCAAUCCGUGUAUGCCGUCUUCGGGUUCACCUUCCAGUUACAUCUUUCCACCAGACCCAGCAACUUCCUAGGGGAGAAGGAGAUCUGGGAUCAGGCGGAGAAGCAACUUCAGAACAGCUUGGAUGACUUUGGGGAACCUUGGAAACUCAAUCCAGGUGAUGGAGCGUUUUACGGGCCCAAGAUUGACAUUACAAUCAAGGACGCUAUCGGUCGAUACCACCAGUGUGCUACAAUCCAGCUGGACUUCCAGCUACCCCUCCGGUUUAAUCUGACUUAUGCUGGGAAAGACGGCAAUGACAAGAUGAGGCCCGUGAUCAUCCACCGAGCAAUUCUGGGCUCCGUGGAGCGGAUGAUGGCUAUCCUGGCAGAAAACUACAGUGGAAAAUGGCCUUUUUGGCUCUCCCCUCAGCAAGUCAUGGUGGUUCCCGUUGGCCCCACCUGCGAAGAAUAUGCCCGCCAGGUCUGCAAUGCAGCUUCUGAAGCUGGACUUAUGGCUGAUGUUGAUUUGGAUCAGAGCUCCACCUUGAAUAAGAAAAUAAGGAAUGCACAGCUGGCUCAGUAUAAUUUCAUUUUUGUGGUCGGAGAGAAGGAGAAAGCAGGUGGUGCCGUGAAUGUGCGGACCCGGGACAACAAGAUUCACGGAGAAGUUUUGGUUUCUUCUGCCCUUGAGAAACUACAGAGGUUGAAAGCCUCCCGUACUUUACACGCAGAGGAAGAAUUCUAGUCGUCGCCAACAGAGAACGAAGAAAACUGGCCAUCUCCUGAUUGCGGUCUACUUGGAGCUAAGUUUCAUUCAGUUGAUUGAGCCUUGUACUUUCUGGAAACCCAGAAAGGUGGAAGUGCAGCCUUGGAUGACUUGCCCUUGUCUGGCAUUGCAACAUUUCUAGUCACCGAAAGUUGGUGGAUGGCAGUUUUCUUGAUAUACAGUGCAAAGUUGAAACCACUUUUAGAUUUGUUUGGCUGUUUGCAUGCAUGUUUUUUUUUAAAAAAGGAAAACAGAGUUCCAAAGAAAAUGGCUCGAGCCUCACAUAGCAGGGAUCUCCAAACUUGGCUAAGACUUGUGCACUUCAAUACCCAGCUUGGCUGGCUGGGGAAUUCUGGGAGUUGAAAUCCACGAGUCUUAAAGUGGCCAAAUUUGGAGAUCCUUGUCCUAGUAGUAUAAGAGUUUCCCUAUGCUAUGGAUAUUUAUUUAUAAGUGUGGUUGCUGCUAUUUUUUGGUGGGGGAGCAGAAUAUCCUCCCCAUGAACAGAAGUAUUUAAGACUCUGAGCCUCCUUUUUUUAUAGGUGACUUUUAAAAUGUUAGUUUAUCUCAUGAUAUAUGAUAAGCAGAUUUAAGGUCACAGAAAGAAAGGCAGAGUGGUUCAGCAUCAGGGUAGAAACCAGGAGACCAUGAGUUCUAGUCCUGCCUUAGGCAUGGAGCCAAGUGGGUGACUUAGGGCUGGUCACUUUCAGCCCUCGGAAGGAAGUAAACGCAAACCACUUGCAUCUUCCUGCAUUGGUUAUGUCACUGGAGAGUAUCUUAAGAAAGCUGCAGAAAACUCUCCACAGCUGGAGCUUUUAAAUUGAGGGAUGCCAUAAGGAGUGUGCUUUGCUUCUUGGGCUGAAUAAAACUAGAACAUUCAUCUUG